AUGGAGCCUAAGGGGCAGCCCUCCCAGGCUCCGGAGGGCGGCAAGGCCCAGCCCCAGCAGCAGGCUCCCGCCCAGACCGUGCAGGGCCACGGCCAGGUGCUGCUGCUGGGCGGGCUCUGGCAGCGGGACGAGCCGUGCCUGACCCUGCAGGACAUUCUGGAGCAGGGCCCAACAAACAGGCCGGCCGGUCCUUCGUCCAUCCGAGCCACAAGCGGUCACAGCAGCUCCAACAACGGCUCCAGACGGCGUCGCAAGCGCUCGGGCGACAGGUCUUCGAAUGGCUCCGACUGCCCGGCCGCCAAGUCCAAACGCUCCACCCAGAAGCUGCCGGAUCACAAGCUCAAGGAUGAGGACCCGCGGCCUCCAACGCGGCAGGUCCCGCGCCCCUUCUGUUCCUGCACCACUUGUCCCGGCAGCUCUGCUUGCUGGCGUCGUCUGGGCCUGUGCCACAGCCGCAUCUUCGAUGUCCUUCUGCCUCGGGCCUGGCCGACCAUGCCAGGGAGAGGAAUCCCAAGCCUCCUCACCUUCUACAGAAGACCUGCAAGAAAGCACUCCAGUCAUCGUAAUUCACGUGCUCCAAGCUCUCGGGACUGCGGCUGUGGCUCUGGGGGCCCUGGGAGCCGCCUACCACAUCAUUGAGUCCUUGUGAACAACCCCCUGGCUCACAGUCCAGCAGAUCCAGUUUCCAUCAGGGAUCUCUCUUGUCACCAAAAUAGAACAGUAACACCAAAAGAAUUCUGUUUCUAGAGUGUGUUUUACCCGGAGACAGGAAAGUUGGGCUUGGCAAAGAACUUGGUAAGGGACGUAAGAGGGCGGGGGUGGCUUGGUGACUUCCUGAGCCCCAAAUAAACUGGGGUGGGAUCCUGCCAUUCCUGUUGGAGGCCACAGACCCAAGUGAAGGCAACUUUCUCUACACACACUCACAGAACGACCUGUGUCCAAUUUCCCCGUUCUAAAAGCAGAAAUGAUACAACUUUACAACUUCAGUCAACACCACACAACCAGUCAGCUCUGCUUCCCAGCGGGAGUUAAUCCCAGUGGGUGGGGACAGGAGGAAGGU